CGGGGACUGAGGGGGGCGUGCAGGUAAGCCGACAAGCCGGGGGUUGCGGGCAUGGCCGAGGCCAGGAAGCGGCGGGAGCUGCUUCCCCUGAUCUACCAGCAUCUGCUGCAGGCGGGCUUUGUGCGCGCGGCGCGGGAAGUGAAGGAGCAGAGCGGCCAGAAAAGUUUCCUGACUCAGCCUGUAACCCUUCUGGACAUCUAUACACACUGGCAACAAACCUCGGAGAUUGGCCAGAAGCGGAAGGCAGAGGAAGAUGCAGCCCUGCAGGCCAAGAAGACCCGCGUGUCAGACCCCAUUACCAGCUCCGAGAGCUCAGAAGAGGAGGAGGAGGUGGCGCAGGAGGCAGAAGCAGGAAGCACCAAAGCCAUCCCGGCACUAGCAUCUACCAACUCCUCAGCCACGGGGAUGGUUUUGCCUUCAAGUGUGAGAGAAAAAGCCAAGGCAAAGACCAAGAAAGCCAGCAAGACGGUGAACUCCACGGCACACCCUGCCUCCGGGAAGGCAGUGGCCCACCUCCUCACCAGGAAGUCACCCCAGAAGGCGGCAGGGCCCUCGGCAAAUACCAUCCUGGUCUCAGAAACUGAGGAGGAGGGCGGUGUCUCGGCCCUCAGAACCACUGCCAAGCCUGGAAUGGCGGCCGCCAGCUCCAGCGAAGACACCUCCGGCUCGAGCGAUGAGACGGACGUGGAGGUGAAACCUGCAGUAAAACCACCACAGGUCAAAGCCUCGGCAGCUGCGGCCAAGGAGUCUCCAAGGAGAAGGGCAGCCCCGACCCCAGGGAAGGCGGGAUGUGUGACACCCCAAGUCAGAGGGGGUGCCAUGACCCCAGCCAGCAGGGCCAAGAAGCCAGAAGAGGUCUCAGAGAGCAGCGAGGAGCCCGAGAGUGAGGAGGGGGCCCCUGCGGGGACACCCAGCCAGGUGAAGGCCUCCCAGAAAACUGUCCAGGUCAGAGCUGCCUCGGGUCCUGCCAAGGGGACCCCUGGGAAAGGGGCCACCCCAGCACCCCCUGGGAAGGCAGGGAGGCCAGAGGAGGACUCGGAGAGCAGCAGCGAGGAGUCAGACAGCGAGGAGGAGACGCCAGCUGCCCAGACCCUGCUGCAGGCAAAGCCCUCAGGGAAGCUCCCCCAGGUCAGAGCCACCGCAGCAGCACCUGCCCAGGUGCUUUCCCCUGGGAAAGGGGCCCCUCCAGCACCCCGUGGCAAGGCAGGGCCUGCAGCCAUCCAGGCCCAGACCAGGGGGCAGGAGGAGGACUCAGAGAGCAGCAGCGAGGAGUCAGACAGCGAGGGGGAGGCGUCCACAGCCGUGCCCCACACCACGAGCCUGGCUCAGGCAAAGCCCUUGCGGAAAAACUCCCAGGUCAGAGCUGCCUCAGCCACAAGCACGGGGCCCUCAGCGAAGAGCGCUGUCCCAGCGCUCCCUCAGAAGGCAAGGGCUGUAGCCGCCCAGGUGGCAAAGUGGGAGGAGGACUCGGAGAGCGGCAGCGAGGAGGAGUCGGACAGCGAGGGGGAGGCGCUGAGAACAGCAGCCUUGACCCAGGCAAAGUCCUCGGGGAAAGUCCUGCAGGUCAGACCUGCCUCAGGUCCCACCCAGGGCCCCCCUCAGAAGGCCGGGCCUGCAGCCGCCCAGGUCAAGACCAAAAGGUCCAAGGAAGACUCGGAGAGCAGUGAGGAGGAGUCAGACAGUGAGGACGAGGCCCCCACAGCCAAGACUCCAGCCCAGGCAAAAUCAGCUGUGAAAACUUCUCAGACCAAGGUCUCCCCAAGGAAGGGCACCCCCAUUACACCCGCAUCUGCCAAGGUCCCACCAGUGCAAGUAAGCACACCAGCCCCCUGGAAAGCAGGAACGGUGACUUCGCCAGCCUGCACAUCAUCCCCAGCCGUGGUCAGGGGCACCCAGAGGCCAGAGGAGGACUCUUCAAGCAGCGAGGAGCCGGAGAGCGAGGAGGAGACAGCUCCUGCCACAUCUGUGGGACAGGUGAAGUCUGUAGGGAAAAGCCUCCCGGUGAAAGCUGCCUCAGCACCCACCAAGGGGCCCUCAGGGCAACGGACCACUCCAGGGCUCCCUGGGAAGGCAGGGCCUGCCGUGGCCCAGGUCAAAGCUGAGGUGCAGGAAGACUCAGAGAGCAGUGAGGAGGAGUCGGACAAUGAGGAGGCGGCCUCAGCUGCAGCACAGGUGAAGACCUCAGUGAAAACCACUCAGACCAAAGCCAACCCAGCUGCCACCAGAGUGGCUUCAGCCAAAGGGGCAGCAUCAGCUCCUGGAAAAGGGGUUUCUGCAGCUGCUCAAGCCAAAGUGGGGUCCCCAGCCAAGGUAAAGCCACCAGCAAGAGCCCCCCAGAGCAGUGCCGUCUCGGGCAGGGGCCAGGUGUCUGUGCCGGCUAUGGGGAAGGCACUGGCUGCAGCAGCCCAGGACCAGCUGGGGCCGGUCAGGGGCCCACAGGAGGACUCGGAGAGCAGUGAGGAGGAGUCGGACAGUGAGGGGGAGGCGCCCGCUCAGGCGAAGAAGCCCUCAGGGAAGACCCCCCAGGUCAGAACUGCCUCAGCCUCCACCAAGGGGUCCCCCAGGAAAGGGGCUGCCCCAGCACCCCCUGGGAAGGCAGGAGCCCGAGCCGCCCAGGCCGGGAAGCGGAAAGAGGACUCGGAGAGCAGCAGCGAGGAGGAGUCAGACAGUGACGGGGAGACGCCAGCAGCUGUGCCCCCAGCCCAGAAGGAGGGUAACUCCAAAACUGCCAGAAGCAAGACCCUGGCCCCAGCGCCCCCGGAGAAGAAGGCAGAGGGGUCCUCAACCAGCAGUGAUGAGCUGCCAGCGAGACAGGUGAUUAAAACCCCUCUGAUUUUUGUCGACCCUAAUCGUAGUCCAGCUGGCCCAGCUGCUACCCCCGCCCAAACCCAGGCUACAAGCACCCCGAGGAAGGCCCAGGCCUCAGAGAGCACACACAGGAGCUCCUCUGAGAGUGAGGAUGAGGACGUGAUCCCCGCUACGCAGUGCUCGACUCCUGCCGUUAGGACCAGCGUGGCGCCUGUGCCCACGGCCCACCCCAGGGCAGCCCUCAGAGCCAGCAUGGUGGGGGCCGGCAGCAGUAAGGACACCAGUCGGGUGUCUGAAGGCAAGAAACAGGAGACGCCAGCCACUCAGGUGACAAAGAGGAACCCAGCUCACCUCCCGCUGACCCAGGCUGCCCUGAAGGUCCUUGCCCAGAAAGCCAGUGAGGCCCAGCCUCCUGCUGCCAGGACCCUGUCUUCAAGUGGGACCGACAGUGCUCGGGGAACACUGCCCAUGACGAGUCCUCAGAGCACCCCCGCGCAGGCCAGAGGGGCCAACAAGCUCAGAAAGCCUGAGGUUCCUGCAACCCAGCGGGCCAUAGCCACUCCCUCGGGACGCCCCAAGGCCAAGGCCUCUGGGACCUCAGAUGACAGCAAGGACAGCAGUGGCAGCUCUUCAGGGAGUGAGGAAGAUGCUGAGGGGCCCCAGGUGGCCCCAUUGACCCACAGGCCAGUAGGUCCAGCCCCCUCCAGGAGGGAGACGUUGGUGGAAGAGACCACAGCAGACUCCAGCGAUGAUGAGGUGGUGGCACCUUCCCAGUCUCUCCUCUCAGGUUAUGUGACCCCUGGGCUGACUCCGGCCGGUUCCCAGGCUUCAAAGGCCACUCCCAAGCCAGACCCCAACCCCUCGGUUUCCUCUACUCCGGCCACCAGAGAUGCCCCAGACGGCAAGCAGAAGGAAGCAGUGGAGCCCCAACAAGCAGCAGGCACCAUGUCCCCUAAAACAGGUAGGCUCAUGGUGCGGGACGUCGGGACUCAGGGUUGCUCAGACAGAAGGUGGGGCCACGUUUGGAGAAGUCUUCAGCACAUGGCGACGACCCCAGGCUAUGGACUGACGUUCUCUAAAGCCUCAGACGAGCCCCUGGCCUCUCUGGACCUCAGCGCCUUAACCAGUCAGGGCAGGGGUUGAUGCAUCCAUUGAUGUCACGUAGAAAAUGGCACAUGUGGAAAAUGGUCGCGCAGUGUUUGGAGGGCAGACUGGAGUGCUCAGGUCAUCUGGCCUAGGGCAUCAGCCACCGCUGGCUGUGCCAGUGCUAUGGGACAUUUAGAGGGUACACCUGGGACAGCUCUAGGGGUUCCCUGGCCUUGGUGUUCUAAGGUGUUUGGUAGACAGGAAGCAGAGAAGUGGGCUGCAGGGAGAGGGGUUGCCGAGGCACCCUGUGCCCUCCUCAGCUCCCUUCUCUAGCCGACUCCUGUCCUUGCCAAGAAGCGCCAGAGGACUGAAUUGGGCCUCCGUCUGUCCUGCAACCCACUCUGCCCACCACCCCUGGCCCACUAGGGCUCUGGAGCCAGAGCUGCUGCAGGGCCCACUGCACACUGCCGGGAACAGCCCUCUCCUCCCCACGUGGAGCAGGGCCAAGCCACCAGCACCUCCCCGAGCCCAGGGUGUCGGCGCACUUGUGCUGUGAGGCCCCGAAUGGAGCUGAGACCUGCCAAGUCACCUGUGAAGUUGGGGCGGCGUCAGGACAUAUGCUGAGUCCCACACCCCCCAGUCCCUGGGCUUUUCGUGCAGCUUGCCUGGUGCCGGGUCAGCAGAGGAGUCAUUGCUCACUUUCUUCCCCAGCGUUCUUCUCUUUGUGGGAGGCGGGUGUGACAGGGAGACAUUUUAGAGGGGGCUGUGGAAGGUUUUUCACACGUGUAGCCAGCAUACAAUUAUCAAAGGAGAGCAGAGGCGUGGAAAAUUCUAAACAAAGGCUGCAGCAGGAGUCGCUCUGGCAGGCAGUAAACCUGCUUAGUCAGCCACCAUGUGCAUGUUCACUGCAUCUAGCACCCCCAGGCCACACCACCUGGACCCCUGACCACGGAGGGCCUGGGCCCACUGUGCGCAGGUGGGCGUGAGUUGACUGACCGCGUGGCCUUCGCUUUUAUUAUGAGUCUGUGAUUUAGAAUGGGGGUGAGGGGGCUCACAGUUCACUAACCCCUCAUUUUACAAAUGGGGAAACUGAGUUUGGUUGUCGGACCCAGAACCCAGGUCUCCUGCCUCCCAGCGCUGGACUCCUGACUGGUAGAUACUAUCCCUAUCCUGACGGUUAGAUUCUUUGAUUUGUUGGUAGAUUUCAAGCCCAUUGAUGAACAUUCUGGAGUUAAUUUCCAUCCCCAACCUGAACUUGAGUUUUUAGUGUGAGGAGACAAGAAAAGAGCUCUAAGUUAGAAGCUGGCAGAGAGGCGUGAGCCGGGGACCCAGUGGGGCCCCGCCAUCCCCCUCUGUACUGCACCAGAGGAGGUCAGGUCUGCGCUGGAGCCCCUUGACUUUCAUUCCACGAGAGGUCUGUUUCCUGAUUCUCUCAGAUCCGUGACCCCGGGUCCUCUC